AUGGUGUUUACCAACCUUACAAUCCUCCUUGAAACAGUCGCCAACCAGAAUGGAAGUGGAAACGUCAUUUGCUAUCCGCUUCAGAAUACCACCCAUCCCAAAUCAUACUCCUACUGUCAGUUACUGAAGAAUGCCCAAAAGGCUUCUUGGGCACUGCGCUGCCGGCCAGGUGAAUUUCGACCAGGUCGGGUGAUCCUCAUUCACCUAGAUACACAUUGGGAAAAUAUACUUUGGUUCUGGGCAGUCACACUGGCAGGUUGUAUCCCAGCCAUGUCUACAUCGUUUUCAAACAACCAGGCGGCACGCAUAUCGCAUCUAAAGCAUCUGGCUAUCACCCUUGAAAAUCCCAGCUGUCUGACCACAGCUACUAAGCUGUCUGAAUUUGGAGGACAAGAUGCUAUCACGCCGAUUGCUCUCGAGUCGCUAGACACGGAAAACGCCCCAGCCGCAGAGAUUUACCGCGAUGCCGCACCAGGUGACACCGCCAUGCUGAUGUUGACAUCUGGUAGCACCAGCCACGCCAAAACGGUGAUCUUCACGCACCAGCAGAUCUUCACAGCACUGGAUAGCAAGUAUAAGGUGGUGACGCUGCCAGAAAAGACCGCGUUCUUAAAUUGGGUUCGCUGCGACCACGUUGCAGCCAUUUUGGAAAUCCACUUGCAGGGCUUAUUCGCAUGCCAAGACCAGGUGCAUGUCCAAGCAGCAGAUGUCUUGUCUCAACCUCUCGCCUUCCUGGAUAUCAUCGACCGUCAUCGUGUCUCUCGUACCUUUGCGCCCAACUUCUUUCUCGCUCGCAUCCGCGCCGCGCUUGAAGAUCAUGGCGACUGCUGUGCUGCAUACAGCUGGGACCUUAGUUGUCUGCGAUACGUGGCUUCAGGCGGCGAGGCAAACGUAACCAAGACCGGUGAUGCCGUGGCAAAGCUGCUCGCUCGGUACGGCGCCCCUGAGACUGUCAUUGCGACGGGCUUUGGCAUGACCGAGACCUGUGGCGGUGCUAUCUACAACUUGGCCUUCCCUCAGUACGAUUUGGAGCAUGGUCUGGAGUUUGCUUCCGCAGGAAAAUGCAUGCCAGGUCUCAGCAUGAGGAUCACUACCGUCACUGACAAUGACAUCGCCCCGGCUGACACCGUGGGAAACCUCGAGCUGACGGGGCCCAUAGUCUUCAAAGGAUAUUUUAACAAUCCGGUCGCGAACGCGGAGUCGUUCACCAGUGAUGGUUGGUUUCGAACUGGUGACUUGGCUUCUAUUGACGACCAAGGUAACCUCCGCUUGAAUGGCAGGGCGAAAGAAUCGAUGAUUGUCAACGGUGUGAAGUACAGCCCCCAGGAGAUUGAGACUGCCCUGGAUGAGCAAGGCAAGAUCCCUGGCCUGGUACCUAGCUUUACUUGUUGCUUUUCUUCCUUCCCGCCAGGGGCAGACACAGAGAUCAUCUGCGUCGUGUACCUACCGAGUUAUGACACCGGCGAUGAUGCCGCGCGACUCACCACAGCGGAUGCCAUUGCCAAGAUUGUCAUGAUGUCGACAGGUGCCCGACCACAGGUGCUACCUCUCGAUCAUUCGCAACUUCAAAAAUCCGCCCUGGGGAAACUGUCAAGAACCAAGAUCAAGGCGGCAUUCGAAAAGGGCGACUAUGAUACCUACCAGGAGAUCAACUCCGAGGCAAUCAAGCUGCACCGGGCGACGGCUCGCGUUCACCCUGCAAAUAAAUUGGAGCAAAACUUGUUAGACCUCUUCAUUGAGUCUCUUGGCCUGCCUGAGCAAGAGUUUGAUGUGCAAUCCUCCCUCUUUGACAUGGGUAUCACUUCAGUGGAACUCAUCAAGUUGAAAAAGAAGAUCGAAGAGAAGCUGGACCUCGCGCAAGAAAUUCCUAUAAUUACUCUGAUGACAAACCCUACCGUCCGCGACCUAGCCAGUGCGCUGGAGGACCAGCAGAGUCCUCAUGCAGCGAGCGAGUAUAACCCAGUAGUGCCACUGCAGACCCAAGGAGAGAAGACACCACUGUGGCUAGUCCACCCUGGUGUCGGUGAAGUCCUGGUCUUUCUCAAUUUGGCAAAAUUCCUGGUGGAUCGGCAGGUUUUUGCCCUACGUGCGCGUGGAUUCAAUGAAGGCGAAACUCCUUUCGAGACAAUUAAAGAAGUUGUCACAACUUACCACGCCGCCAUCAAACGAAAACAGCCCUAUGGACCAUACGCGCUGGCUGGAUAUUCCUAUGGCACGAUGCUAGCCUUUGAGGUAGGUAAAGUACUGGAAAGCAAUGGGGAUGAAGUUCGCUUCCUGGGAUCUUUCAACCUGCCGCCUCAUAUCAAGGACCGCAUGCGUCAGCUGAACUUCAAUGAAUGCCUGCUUCAUCUCUCAUAUUUCUUAGAUCUGAUGACCGAAGAUCGUGCGCGGGAACUGGCAGUGGAAAUGGAGGAGUCUACACGGGAGGAGACCUGCGCGAAGGUGAUGGCGGAAGCCGAUCAGAACCGCCUCGCCGAACUGGCGUUGUCGGCUGACGCAAUCACCAAAUGGGCUUGCCUGGCCUUCGCCCUGCAGAGCAUGGCUGUAGACUAUGAUCCUUCUAGCUCCAUUGCUGGCAUCGAUGUCUUCUAUUGCAACCCUCUGGCUAUCGCAGCUUCAUCCAAGGCUCAAUGGCUCAGCAAGCACUUGAGUAAUUGGAAAGACUUUUCGAGGUCACCGCCACGCUUUCACGACGUUGGUGGUGCCCAUUAUACCAUGUUGGGCCCAGAGCAUGUCUUUGGUUUCCAAAAGACUUUGAGGGCGGCCCUUGAUGCAAGGGGAAUUUAA